AUGUCUAAUCGAGCUCGUGAAACCAUAAUCGAAUGUAUCAGAAAAGCUCAAUAUUCGGGCUCCAAUGAAGAAGAUAUUCGACAACAAGCCUUACAAACGUUAGUCGCCGUCACAAAAAUCAGCCCGCAAAAUCGCAACUUCGUUGCACAAAUCGAUGGCGCCAUUUCGUUACUUCUUUCACUCUCCAAAUCUCAUUUUCCUCAAGAUCAAAUCCAAAUUCUCGCGCUUUCGGUGCUCUUCAAUCUCUCUCUUAACCCCAAUUUGAAGAAUUCUUUAGCUCGGACGGAAUUGAUUCUCCACCUUAAUACUCUCGUUUUGUCGUCUAACGACUCCAUUGAUUCCGGCAAACUCGCCGCCUCCUUGCUUUGCAGUUUAGCCAUGCUCGAUAAAAACAAAGCCAAAUUCGGAGUCACCGGCACCGUUCAGGUUCUAGUGAAGGCGAUAGCGGGCCCGCGAAGGCCCGCAUCCCAUCACCUGCUCAGCUCCCUAGCGGAGCUAGUGCAGUUUCAAGGAAACUGCACUUUGGCUGUUCGCGCCGGAGCUGUGCAGGUGUUGAUAGCGGUGGCUGAGAGUGCCGACGGAGAGGAUCUUUCCGGUACCUCCCUAGUGGCACUCGGACUUAUAGCCAGGUUCGAAGAAGGGCUGAACGAGCUUAAGAGAACGGAUAGGAUCGUCGUAAGAAUGGUGGGGAUCUUGAAACGAGGGUGCAUGCUAAGUAAAGACGGGGCCUCGGAGAUUCUACUGAGGUUGUUUGAUGAGAGCGAAGAGUGCUUGAGGGAUGCGGUGGCAUUGCCGGAGUUGUCGUCGGUGCUGGCAGAUGUCUCCGUCAGGUGUACGGGCCGGGCCCGCAAGAAGGCGGGCUUGCUCAUGAACAAAGUCAUGGUUGCUAGUGUGUAA